AAUCCCAAACACACCUAAGUCACCGAUUGCUAGUUUUCUGGUGGAGCAGUGACCAUAGGCGAAAACAAGAGGAAAAAUCACCAAGAAUCUCUUCUGCUCGCCACCGCCGUCCGCCGGAUCUGCUUUGAGAAGAGAUGAGUAAGAAGAAAAACCCUAGUGUGUUCUUGGACUUAUCAAUAGAAGGAAGUCCUGCAGAAAGAAUUGUCAUCGAGCUUUUCGCUGAUAUUGUCCCUAGAACAGCUGAGAAUUUUCGAGCACUAUGCACAGGGGAGAAGGGCACUGGAAGUGUUACUGGAAAACCAUUGCACUACAAGGGAAUUAUAUUCCAUCGCAUUAUUAAAGGCUUCAUGGCUCAAGGAGGCGAUUUCUCAAAACAAAAUGGCACUGGUGGGGAGAGCAUCUAUGGAGGAAAGUUUGCAGAUGAGAACUUUAAGCUGGAUCAUAGUGGAGCUGGAAUACUCUCUAUGGCAAAUGGUGGCCCAAAUACAAACGGAUCUCAGUUCUUUAUACUCUUCAAGCGCCAACCCCAUCUUGAUGGGAAACAUGUUGUUUUUGGUAAGGUAACAAAGGGAAUGGAGACAAUUAAGAAGAUUGAGCUGUUGGGAACAAGUGAUGGAAAACCUUCUGGCGUGGUAAAAAUUGUGGAUUGUGGUGAAGUUAUUGAAGAUAAGAAGAACAAUGUGGUGGACCCCGUAAAAGGUAAAAAGAAAAAAACUGUGAAGAAAGAUGUUUCUACUGAUGACAGUUCCGAUGGGCGAGUAAAAAAACGCCGUGGAUCAACUAUCAGGGAGAAAUUGAGGAAACGGAGAAAGUACUCACCAUCUGAUUCAGAUUCCGAGUCUUAUUCUUCGGAGAGUGAUUCCGAUUCCUAUUCGGAGUCGGAAUCGGAAGCUGAUUCUGAUUCUUCAAGUUCAUCUGCUGGUGGUAAAAGAAGGAGGAAGAGGUCAACAAAAAAAGAAGUCAAACAGCGUAAGAACAAACGGAAAGAAAAGAGACGGUUGCCUGGCAAAAGAUCAAAGAGAAGGAGCUCUGGGAGUUCAAGUGAAACAGAAAGUGGAAGUAGCAGUUCUGAUGAUGGAAAAGCAAAUCGACGUGUUGCAAAGGCCAAAAAUAGACCUUCAAGUACUUCUGUGAGGAAAAGUUCACCAGAUCUGUCACGAAAGGAACCUGAAGCAAAGGUGGAAAUUAAGGAUCAAUAUUCAAAGAAAACCUUGGAAGAGCAAGAGCUUGUUAAAAAUGGGAUUGUGAAGGAGAAGGAGAAAGAAACUCUAUCUAAUAAGCCAUCUGGCAAGCAAAGUCAAGAUUCAGAUGACUCGAGCAAAUCCAGGAGUGGGCGAAGUCCUGUAAGGAGAAGUGGAAGCCCAAUCUCAAAGAGGGUUUCAAAAAGUCCUUCACAAAAUGAAAAAGGGUCUCGACCUUGUGACAAGAAUGAAAGAAGGGGGGGUGAUGUAUCAAGAAGCAGAUCACCAAAUGGAAAUGGGACUCCAAAAAGAGUAAGAAAAGGGCGCGGUUUCACCAAGGAAUAUUCCUUUGCACGAAGAUACCGCACCCCUAGCCCCGACCGCUCCCCCCGCAGGUCUCAUCAGUUUGGCUACCCUCAAGGAAGGUAUCAUGAUAGAUAUCCAAAUUAUAGAAGAUAUUCUGAGCGGUCCCCACCACGAAGAAACAGAAGUCCUCCGAGAGGCAGGAGCCCUCCCAGGUUUAGGAGAAGGAGUCGUAGCCACAGCCCAGUUGAAAGGCGAGCAGAUAUAAGCGAAAAAUUAAAGUCGCGGCUUGGACCUCGGGUGACAUCACCCUCACCCUCACCCUCACACAAAGCCAAAAGGUCGGCUUCUCCAUCUCCAGGUAAGCAUCAACCUAAGAAAAUGGUGGCUGUGGUUUCAAGCAGGUCAAGGUCAAGGUCAAGGUCAAGGUCAGUCCCACCUGGUGCUGGUGGUCAAAGGGGUCUUGUUUCUUAUGGUGAUAUUAGCCCCUAAAACUCAUAUGCUUUCACUAUGUUAUGUUGUCUACAACUAUCUUUGAUUGCUGAAUUGGUUUCUGUUUUUGGCCUUUUUGUUUUUUGUUGUGAUGGAUUUUGCUGGAACCUGAACUUCAAAACUAGGUGAAUAUGCUAAUUUAUGGUACAAGUCAUUCUGUUACAAAGUGAUUCUUGAUUUCGGAA